GAUGUCACGCGACGUUCUCCUCCCACAAUCUGUGUACGGAAGUGACGUUCUGAUAUGGAACGCAAACAGGAAGUGGGUUCAAGAGGCGGAGUUCAGAAGUAAUGGUGAGAACUUCCGGGGCGGAGGAAGAUGGCGGCUGCGGAGAGGAUUUCCCUCUGGGUAGAAGGAGGAGCGCAGCCGCCAGGUUUCCUGUGAUGGAUUAUAAACGGGAAGGAUCGAUCGUUGGCUGCAUGAAGGAGGAGAGGAGCGAUCAUCCCGCCAUGUCUGGAGAACAUCCACCAUGUGAUCCGGAUAUAAAAGAGGAGUGGUCAUCACCAGAAGGGGGCACCCCGGCUGAUGGCUGCUCCCCCGAAGAUAUGAAGCAGCCGGCAUUGACUUUCAUUGAUGGAAAGGGAAACACAACCAAUGCAGAUGUUGAUGUUUCCACCAAUCACAAGAAGCCUCUUAUAAAGGAGGAGGAGUCGGCUUCCAGCAGGGAGGAGAGCCUCAGUGACACAGACUCUGAACCUUCUCCCUGCAAGGCGGAGUCACACGUUCCCUCCAAUGAGAACAGCGCGGCAGCUCUGGACUUCUUUCCAGUUAUCAUUAAGGAGGAAUCUGUGUCAGAGGAGGAAGAGAAUCUCACCGACACGGACCCCCACCCAGGGGAGGAACCCCCCAGGGUAAUGAGAGACCACCCCUGUCCAAAGUGUGACAAACACUUCACAAUGCCGCUAGCACUGGCCCAGCACCAGCGCAGCCACCUCCCCAGGAAGCAGUUUUCAUGCUCCAUGUGCGGGAAAACCUUCAGCAGUAAGUCAGACCUGAGCCGUCACCAGAGAAUUCACAGCGGGGAGAAACCCUUCAUGUGCUACGAAUGUGGAAAAUGUUUCAGCAAAAAAUCCGACGUCCUCCGCCAUGAAAAAAUCCACAGUGGCGAGAAGCCGUUCUCCUGCCGGCAGUGUGGGAAAUGUUUCAGCCGCGACUCGCACCUCAGCCGCCAUCAGAGGAUCCACACGGCGGAGAAAUCCUUCACCUGCUCCGAGUGUGGGAAAGUCUUCUCACGGGAAAUGCAGCUUCAGCGCCACGUCCGGGUCCACACCGGGGAGAAGCCCUUCUCCUGCAACGAAUGUGGCAAAUGUUUCCGCAAGAAAUCGGACGUGUCGCGUCACGAGAAGAUUCACACCGGAGAGAAACCCUUCAUAUGUUCCGAGUGCGGGAAACGAUUCAGCCGACAUUCGCACUUGGUCAUCCAUCGGCGCGUGCACACCGGGGAGAAAACCUUCUCGUGUUCGGAGUGCGGCAAAUAUUUCACUCAGUACUCUACGCUCAUUUCCCACCGCCGGAUUCAUACCGGGGAGAAACCGUUCGCUUGCACCGAGUGCGGGAAAUGCUUCGCACAGAAGCGAGAUCUCAACAAGCACAUGACCCUCCACACUGGUGUGAAGCCGUAUCCCUGUUCGGAGUGCGGCAAAAGUUUUGUGCUGAAAUACGAACUGCGUAAGCACCUCCGCAUCCACACCGAGGAGAAACACUUUGUCUGCACUGAAUGCGGCAAAUGCUUUAUCACCAAAUCUGACCUGGUCCGCCACCAGCGCAUUCACACCGGGGAGAAACCCUUUGCCUGUUCAGAGUGCGGAAAAUGCUUCAGCCGUCAUACCUACCUCGGCAUCCACCAACGAGUUCAUACUGGAGAGCGCCCCUUUGUCUGCUCCGAGUGCGGCAAGUGCUUCAGCCAGAGGACGGCGCUGGCGGCACACAGCAGAACGCACACCGGAGGCCGACCGUUCGCCUGCUCAGAGUGCGGGAAACGUUUCAGCAAGAAGUCUGAUCUCCUCCGCCACCAACGCAUUCACACCGGGGAGAAACCCUUCACUUGUCCUGAGUGCAGCAAAUCCUUCAGCCGACAUACUUACCUGAUGAUCCACAAGAGGAUCCACACCGGAGAAAAACCUUUCCUUUGUGCCGAAUGUGGCAAACACUUUACCUAUCGAUCCCACCUAACCCGACAUCAGAGGAUCCACUCCGAAGGUUCGCUCUCUGAAUGACCACAGAAAUCUGCCAAUGGAGAGUCCUGACUGACUCUACUGAGAUCCUCUCCUUCAAAUGUGAACCCAACACGAGACUUCCUGAGAAGAUGUACAAAACGGGAUCUCUCUAAUGACGUCCAUCAUAUCCAACACCAGAGAUCCCAAUCCAUUGAGAUCCUCUCCUUCAAAUGUGACCCAACACGAGACUUCCUGAGAAGAUGUACAAACGGGAUCUCUAAUGUCCACCAUAUCCAACACCAGAGAUCCCAAUCCAUUGAGAUCCUCUCCUUCAAAUGUGAACCCAACACGAGACUUCCUGAGAAGAUGUACAAACGGGAUCUCUAAUAAUGUCCAUCAUAUCCAACACCAGAGAUCCCAAUCCAUUGAGAUCCUCUCCUUCAAAUGUGAACCCAACACGAGACUUCCUGAGAAGAUGUACAAACGGGAUCUCUCUAAUGACGUCCAUCAUAUCCAACACCAGAGAUCCCAAUCCAUUGAGAUCCUCUCCUUCAAAUGUGAACCCAACACGAGACUUCCUGAGAAGAUGUACAAACGGGAUCUCUAAUAAUGUCCAUCAUAUCCAACACCAGAGAUCCCAAUCCAUUGAGAUCCUCUCCUUCAAAUGUGAACCCAACAUGAGACUUCCUGAGAAGAUGUACAAAACGGGAUCUCUAAUGAUGUCCAUCAUAUCCAACACCAGAGAUCCCAAUCCAUUGAGAUCCUCUCCUUCAAAUGUGAACCCAACACGAGACUUCCUGAGAAGAUGUACAAACGGGAUCUCUAAUAAUGUCCACCAUAUCCAACACCAGAGAUCCCAAUCCAUUGAGAUCCUCUCCUUCAAAUGUGAACCCAACACGAGACUUCCUGAGAAGAUGUACAAACGGGAUCUCUAAUAAUGUCCACCAUAUCCAACACCAGAGAUCCCAAUCCAUUGAGAUCCUCUCCUUCAAAUGUGAACCCAACACGAGACUUCCUGAGAAGAUGUACAAA